AUGGAGCAUGUUUCAACACUCUGUGCUGCCGGCACAGUUGGCAUCGCAGCCACAGGGUUCGCUUUGGGACGACCUUCGCCGACAAAACAACGCCCGUUAACCGCCAGAAGAAGACAAUCUUUAAUCGCCAGGAGCUACCACUCGCCUUCAAAUAGCGUUUUUGAGUCCCGUCCUGCAAUCGUCGCCCACGGUGUAUCGUCCAGUCCUUCGCAACAGCAGCCAUUUUCACAGAAUCAGACUGGCCACCUGUCUUUGGACGAAUGCGUACACCCACAGUCGAACAAUUUGACGCACCAACCGAGUGAUAGAACUGGCCUACGCCCCCGUCGUCGGACAUAUGUAGGCCCAGGAAUCAACAUCACCGAGGGAAAAGGCACAGAUGAAGUACUUCCGUCGCCCACUACUACCGGAAGGCCGUCAUCAUCUUGGAUAAGGCGUCUUUCGACAAUCACGUCUUCAUUGAACGGAAGCUCGGUUUCCGGCUCGCGACCGCAGUCCCCGUCGGUAAACAGUUCCACCACGCCCUUUUUCCCAUCGCAAUUUCCUGUUCCUUCGCCCAACAAACUUGUGAAACGCUCAAUGUCCUCACAUGGGCUACAACCGCACUCGCCUCAUAAUCCUGCACCUGCGUCUUUACAUCUUCUACGCCGCCCGGCAACUAGUCACCAACGAUCGGCACAUAUGCGCCACCGUUCAUCCACCGAUAGUCGAGUAGGGCUAAUACCCCCCCAGACACUUCCCGAUUGCCCUGUUCAAGGUGAGAACAGUACUCCCAACCUACAUCACAAUGGAUCAUGGCGACCGUACUUUAGCAAGUCUCGUCAUACAAAUCUUUUAGACAGCCACAGCAAGCGACGAGCUACGGCUUCCAAACAUCGAACCCGUUCCCCACAUCGGCAUAUAGUACAGUCCAAUGUUCCUCCUACUUUGUUACUUGCUUCCGCCAUCACUCCGGAACGAAAGCCCAACCCUACACCCAAUCUAGACCAGCGAAAGAUUCACAAAAGCCAUUAUUCUUGGGAUCCGGUGGGACCGGGGGCCAGCCCAUCUGCAAACCAGUCUACCAGCGAAAUCGAGCCAUUAAAAACCUUUCCUUCCAUGCAGGAAACUAGCCAUGAGGAGUUUGCGUCCCCGUGGACGAUGCCAAGGAAUAUGGCCCCUCGAUCUUCCUUCACACAAACCAAUGUCUACUUGGAGAUUUCGCCAGUGGACAUGUCCGAAAGAUCCAAAACUGAAAAGCUUAACGGAAGUUCUAUGCGCAUGCGCCGGAGAGGAAACAUCACCGAUCCAGAUAUUUUUCGGCGCCCGAGUACUUCGUCCCAUGCAGAGUUGUCCGCUAGCCGUUUCAAUCGAGUUGGCGCCACUACCGAGGAGUUUAUUCCAAAGGCGCGUUUGCGGCAUCUCCCACAUUUUACAAACCUCCGAUGCGAAGCCCUCAAUUUGGCGGCCGCUGCUCCCAAUUCCCCGGGGUUUGAUAGCAAGCCAUCAUCCAAGGGAUCUUCUACUCCUAGUUCGCCGACUUCUACAGGGCAUCCAGCGGAAAAUCGUUCAAAUCAGCGGCACUCGUCUGCGGCAUCGGAUCCUGCAUCAACUUUAGUUGGGUCUGAUAACGAUAUCAAAGUGUUCAGCUCUGGGGAAGAAGAUGACACUGACUUUCAGAGUGACAUUGCCUUCGAUUCAUUUCCGACUCGUGCAGCGAGUAGCAGCAAGUCAAGCCGGCGUGGCCCGCGUAUUGAAACUAUUUUCGAUCAACCUAGCUCAACUUCAACCAUGACCACAAAAUUUGUUUCUCUAGCUAACGAAAAUUGCUCUUCCAAGGCUGACACCACAACCAAUCACUCGACGGGCGUUAGUCAAACUCUCAAAACGUACUCUGGCAGCAAUUCCGCAUUGCAGUAUGCGGAAAAGCACUCACUAUCGGCUCAAACAGGGCUCCUGGACAAGCCUUGCGAUUACGAUACAGGUCUGUUUUUACACUCGCAGCGUUUGCGGCGGACUACAAAACUUCCAAAUAACGACACAUCGCAAAGCGAUGAUAGCCCAUUAGACCAUCAACACACGGUUUAUCCGGAGCCGCUAUCCGCAAAUCUUAGGGUCACUUCAAAUAUAUCUAGAAUCUCUACGCAUCGUCCGCAUUCAUCGAUAACUUUGAACGAGAAUUCCGAAAAGAGUUCGCGAUUGUGUCUUUAUGAUUGGUCCGAGCAACAAAAGGUUAAGAAGGACGAUCAAGGUUCCGGAACCAGGCCACGGACUUCUCAUAUAGAACAAUUUCUUGAUCUGCGCGGCGGCAGGACUGCUAUCCGACGUACAUCUAGUUCUCUUCAUCUUCGAAGCCAAAGUGUACCCCUCUCCCAGCACCCAGUUACUCCGACGGAGCCAAAUGGCGCUAAGAAGUUCGCAACUUGGGGUUUAGGGAAUAAGGGUGCCAGCGAAGACUGGGAUGGCGACUUCGAUUUUGGGGACAAUGACCGGCUGUGCCAAACAAACCCUUUGCAGGAAAGGCAAGAUAACCUCCAGGAGAGCAGAACAGUCAAGGUUCCUAAAGCCAUCAUGGAACGGCAGGAGAGCGUUUACGGUCAAUUCAGCCACGUCCAAGAGUUGACCGUUUUGGUUGAGGAGCUUAAACUGCUUCGGGCUCGCGCCAGGGCGAUGCAUAUCACUGAAGGCCCUUCAAGCCAAUUGUGGAAAGAAGCUCAUGGCAUCAUCAGCCUGGCUACUUUUGAGGAAGGCGAAGACUAUGAACAUGAGCUAAGGAUAAAACGCUCGACUUCAUCACUCACAUUCAGCCUUGAGGACUUUGAAGCCGAACUAGAAUCCACUAAGCCAAUGGGGUUGUUUGACUCUGUAGCAGUUGCUGAUGACCAGAUUGAUUUUCCUGGAACCGAAUACCCUUCCCGCAAUGAAAGGCAGAGCCACCGUCCACGAACAGAUUCGUCUACAAAAGCAAAAUAUGUUCUCGAUACAAUUCACCGUGAAAGGAAGCUGCGUGACAAUGGUUAUGCCAGAACGGGUGCUGAUGGAAAUCAGAAACUGGCCUUUGACACUCAAUCCCUUCGAGACCUUGUUAUACGUGCAGGCGUUGUUACGAGAGCAUUGAAAGACGUCGUUCGAAAAGCAGAAGGAGUCUGUGAGCUCUCUGAGAUCGAUACACCAGUCCCGGAUCCUCCAUUCAGCAAGAUUUUCAACCAACCGCAAGGCGAUUUGUCCACCUUGAGCAUCCAUGCUUGA